AUGUCUGGAGCCAACAGCUCCAGCCUGACCCCAGAAUUCUUUAUCCUGAAUGGUAUUUCUGGACUUGAAGCCGCACAUGUCUGGAUCUCUCUGCCAUUCUGUUUCAUGUACAUGAUUGCUGCCGUGGGGAACUGUGGGCUUAUCUACCUCAUUGGCCAUGAGGAAGCUCUGCACCGACCCAUGUACUACUUUCUAACCCUGCUCUCCUUCACUGAUAUAACUUUAUGUACCACCACUGUGCCCAAUAUGCUGUGUAUAUUCUGGUUCAACCUCAAGAAGAUUGGAUUUAAGGCUUGCCUGGCCCAGAUGUUCUUUGUGCACUCCUUGACAGCUACAGAGUCUGGCAUGCUAAUGCUCAUGGCCCUGGAUCGCUAUGUGGCCAUUCUGACCAACCCUGUGAUUGCCAAAGCUAGUCUUGCUACUUUCUUGAGGAGUGUGGCAUUCAUCCUCCCUUUCACUUUCCUUACCAAGCGCCUGCCCUAUUGCCGAGGCAACCUCAUCCCCCAUGCCUAUUGUGACCACAUGUCUGUGGCCAAGGUAUCCUGUGGCAAUGUCAAGGUCAAUGCAGUCUACGGUCUAUUAGUUGCGCUUGUGGUUUGUGCAUUUGACAUAUUCUGUAUCACUGGGUCAUACACAAUGAUACUGAGAGCAGUAAUGAACCUGUCCUCUGCUGAUGCUCGUCACAGAGCCUUCAGCACCUGUACAUCUCACAUCUGUGCUAUUGUGAUCACUUAUGUACCUGCUUUUUUUAACUUCUUCACUCAUCGUUUUGGAGGACACACUAUUCCCCACCACAUCCACAUCAUAGUGGCCAACCUCUACCUGCUACUGCCUGCUACCAUGAACCCAAUUGUUUAUGGAGUCAAGACCAAGCAGAAUAGGGAAAGUGUAAUUAAGUUUUUUACUGGAGACAAGAGUGGCAUUACUGAAAUAAAAGGAUUAAAAAACUAG